AUGCCGAGACUUGUGCGCAGAAAGCCGACCAUCGAGCGAGUCAAGGACUACCUGAACCCCGGCGACUGGUGGUUGUAUCUUGCGGAGGAGUUCGAGACGGCGGAUUGGGACAAGCAAUAUGCUUCUCCACUUGCUCUUGGAUUGCAUGUAGUACUUUUGAUUGCGAGGGCAAACUCUGAGAGUUCGCUGGGAAGUGGGAAAGACGAUAUCUUCGGAGAUGACUACUCUAGGUCGGGCUGGUUGAGCUCAUUUGCCACAUUUACAGUCUAUCUUUUGACUGCCUUUUCCAUUGCAAAUGCUACAUACACGUUCGCACGAAAACGACAUUACCGCUUAUUCGAAAGCUCUAUCGAUGCCCCUCAAAGUACCCCCUCCGCACAUCGAGUACGCGUGGACUCUUCUCCAGUUUCUUCCUCACCACUACGAUUUCUUACGAACAUAUUGGGGGAUACCAGCGCAGACUCAAGAGCAUACCCGGAUCCGACCCGUGAUGUUUGGGAACUUGCUGUUUGGGAUCCAAUACCAAUUUGUCUCCGCCUGUUCUGCCUCUUCAGCCCCGGCCAUGUCCUGGUAUACUGGCUUUUCCUUCCCACUGCGUCAGCAGACCCUCGACCAAGCGUCACGGUCUUCACAACACUCCUUUUACAAGCGCUGUUAUCUUCACAGCUAUAUCUCAUUUCUUCAUUCUUCUCCCAGCAGGAGAAGGACUCUGCUAUCAUUCAUAAAGAAGUUAUGAGCGAGUACGAUAUUAAAUAUGUACAUCCUCGAUUGAAUCCUCUCACCCGCGAUGUUGCCACUCAAUACUCAGAUGCUGGUGCUGGUACGGAUUAUGAAGGUGAUGGCGAGGUUGACACAUACACACCUGCUGUCCUUUUGAGACGAGGCUUCCGGACGAAUCCAAAUCCAAAUUAUGCCAAACAUGUUGAUCCAGAGAAUUCGACUCAUAUUUCGAGGCAGUCAUCACCUGCUCCAGCAUUUACACCAUCAGCUUACACUUCCCGAGAACCCACACCAUUCAGUGGCAUCACACCUCGUCCUGCCAUCAGGCAGCCCCAGUUCCGCAAAAGCAUGGGCGGAGCUGUCUCUUCAAGCACAAGCACAGGAGACGGUGGUAGUCUUGGGAUCUACAGUCAUGCGAACUCCCCGCUUAAAAAGGCUACGAGCAUGUACGAUAUCCAGGCUCGAGAGCCUCCUAGAAACUCGUUCGACAUGGCCAGUCGGGAAAUCCAGGAGCAACGAGAGAGGAGCAAGAGCCCCGCGAAAAGGCAGAGUGAUGCUCCAAGAGCUUUCUUACAGGGCAGAGUUCCGUUCCCAGAGAUUGGCGACGAUCGACGGUCAAGUACUCCUGCAGGGUUGCAAAGGAGACUCGGGAAUGUUGACAGUCCUUAUAAGAGGGGGCCGUCAAGAUUUUGA